AUGUUUCUUUAAAUCCAUCCCAGAAUCCAAGAAUGCUACCACCUGGGAACUCUCAGGCCUUACCGAUAUCUCAAGGUCCCUCAUCUGGCGCCUCGCCAUCUCGGCCACAGCAGCAACUUGACAUUCCAUUAUCCGUUCAGCAGCAACAACAACAGCAACAACAAAACCAAAAUGCUUUACUUAAUCAACAGCAGCUUCAGAGGCCACAACAAAUGGCGCUUCCAUUGAAUCCACUCUCCCAUUUAAAUGCUACUAUGGGCCAGAACUCGAACAGCAUGCAAUUGGAUGGUCAUAUGGUUAACAAACAACAGCAGGCGCAACAGCAGCAGAUGCAGCAGAAAAAAAUGAUGAUGGGACCGGGAGCGCAUGUGGGAAUGGGAAACAACAUGGUGGGGCGCUAGGAAGUGCGAUGUCAGUGGGUGUUGCAAAGGGGCUCGCAGGUCCUGGAAUAUCUGGAACGGUGAAUAUGGGUCAGAACCCGAUUAACAUUGGCCAGUCACAGCAGAACAUCAACGCUAUCCAGCAGCUUCGUUCGGGACAGUUGACUCAGCAACAAGCUGCUUACCAGAAGCUCAGAAUAAAUCAGCGGUCAGGUAUUGCUGGAAUGCCGGCAGGCGCUAGGCAGAUGCCCCUCCCUAGUGCUGCUGCCGCGGCUGGGCUUUCCAUGUUGAAUCAGCCCAUCAACAUGGGCCACAUGCUGCAGCAGCGGAGCGCAAUGGGUCCUAUGGGCCCGCCGAAGCUGAUGGCUGGAAUGAAUAUGUUCAUGAACCAGCACCAGCAAAAUCAACAGUUGCAGUUACAGCAGCAGCAGCAAAAUCAGCAGUUGCAGCAGCAGCACCAGCCAGAAUCGACCUCGUCGCUUCAGUCUCUUCAGGCUGUUGUUUCGCCUUCUCAAGUGGGCUCACCAUCGACCAUAGGCCUUCCGCAGCAGCAGCAACCCCUGCAGCAUCCAAGCCCGCAGCAAAUGGCCCGAACUCCAAUGAGUCCACAGGUGAGCUCAGGGGCGAUCCAUGCCAUGAGCGGCGGUAACCCAGAUGGUUGCCCUGCCAGUCCGCAGUUGAGUUCCCAGACUGUUAACUCUAUUGGAAGUAUCACAAACUCGCCCAUGGAGCUCCAAGGGGUAAACAAGAGCAAUUCUGUUAACAAUGUCUAGCUUGUGCUUGAUCUCUACCGUAGUUUUAGUUGCAGCUUAAUCAGAAACUUAUUUGUGGUUUAAUGACUCAAAUUCUUAGUUUUUAGCUGCCGAGUGCCGACUAGCCUUCGUUUAGACUUCAUGCUGCAAAGCUUCUGUUCCGUUUCACUUCACCCUUAUGGAGUAUGGACUAUACAUUGUGCAUGAAAAUCCACAACGGUUCAAAUAGCUUUUACCACCCAAUAAGAAUGGAUACCUGCCGUUUUAGAAUGAAAGCUGAGAUUAGUC